CCUUCAAAAGAGUUCUGAUGGCUUACAUGGCCUUAUUCCCCCAAAUCCAAACGUCAGUUCUUAUAUUUUUGUCUCCCCCCCCCCCCCAGGCGCAGCUAAGGACAGAUCAUUGGUGCUCCCUGUCCCAGCUUUUCUUUCAACUAGUUUGUAAGGAAACCAUGCCUUUUUUGGGCCAGGACUGGCGGUCUCCAGGGUGGAGGUGGAUUAAAACAGAAGAUGGUUGGAAGCGUUGUGAACCUUGCAGCUCAGAACUUGAGGAUGAGGAUAAUCGGCUUAAUGACAUCAGUCAUGCUGUCCUCUUGGGUAAUGAUGAGAUUUAUGCUGCUGAUUGUGAAUUUGCAAGCAAGAAAAGGAAAAAGGAUCACUGUUUCUUUCGUGAGAAAUGGAUAUAUGUUCAUAAAGAAAGUACCAGAGAAAGACAUGGCUAUUGCACUUUGGGAGAAGCUUUUAACCGCUUAGAUUUCUCGAGCGCGAUUCAGGACAUCAGAAGAUUUAAUUACGUGGUCAAACUGCUGCAGUUAAUAGCAAAAUCCCAGUUGACAUCACUGAGUGGGGCUGCUCAAAAGAACUAUUUCAACAUCUUGGACAAAAUUGUUUGCAAAGUUUUAGAAGACCAGUACAACCCACGACUAAUCAAAGACCUUCUUCAGGAUCUGAGCUCUGCACUCUGCAUGCUAAUAAGGGGUGUAGGGAAGUCCGUGCUGGUAGGAAACAUCAAUAUUUGGAUUUGCCGAUUGGAAAGAAUCCUCUUGUGGCAGCAACAGCUCAAUAAUCUUCAGGUGACCAAGCAAAUCAGCGAUGGACUGACACUCAGCGAUCUUCCUUUACAUAUGCUAAAUAACAUCUUGUACAGAUUCUCAGAUGGUUGGGACAUCAUUACUUUGGGCCAAGUAACCCCCACUUUAUAUAUGCUCAGUGAAGACAGGCAGUUAUGGAAAAAGCUCUGCCAGUACCAUUUUGCUGAAAAACAGUUUUGCAGGCAUCUUAUUCUGUCAGAAAAAGGUCAUAUUGACUGGAAGCUGAUGUACUUUGCACUUCAGAAAUAUUAUCCCAUAAAGGAACAAUAUGGAGACACUUUACAUUUUUGUCGUCACUGCAGCAUUCUUUUCUGGAAGGUACAUGAUCCUGUGGUGAAAUUUGCCAAGUGUCUCUGCAGCGCUUGGCGACAUUCUGCUGUGAUCUCGGUGAGGGAGUAUGAGAAAUGUGUAAAAUGAGAACAGUGAGCUUUGUGCGGAGAAAUACUUUAAAACAAAUACAUGUUGAAUAUUUAUAUCCUGCCUUACUAGGCCCAAGUAUUCACGAGGUGGCACUUUAAAGUAAAACAAACUUCUGUACACAAUCUAAAUCAUCAUUGGAGAGUGUUCUCAAUGAUCAUCUGCAGAGGAAAUCCUUUUAUGAAGGUGAAAUAUAUAUACAUGGGUUUGGGUCUAGCCUUAGUUAUACUUACAAUAAAUCCAGGGAAAUCACUGGGAUCUAUACGAGAUGUGAUUAAUUGUAUGCCCCACAUUUCAUGGGCUUAACUCAAAUUAUAUUUUAGGGGUGUUCUGGAUUCCCUCAAGAUAGAAAGUAGACUUGGUACUGGAGGACUGCUGUUUAAUCAGUUACAGCUGAUCAAAGAGCAAUGUGGUUUAGGAGUACACCCAGCAUACAAAAAUAUUUGUAGCAUAUUUGUAAUGAACACAUUUCCUUGGAGAUACAACAUUGUUUCUGUAAUGAGGCCUAGUGUCAUGGUUAUAUAGAUCAUGCUCUGGGUACAGUAGUCAGUAUUGUUCCCUUAAGGCAAUUUUGAUUAAAGCUCUCUUCAUGUUACUUGUCUACAGGGACAGGGUUAGGAAACGAGGAAAGCAGCAAGGGUUCCAGGAGAAAGCCUCUGUACAAACAGUUCCCUGCCCACUGGAGUGGGUAACAGAGGGAGCUGCAGGUCGAGGAAAUGGCACAACCCCUUUGUGCAAGUUUUUGCCCUUUCACAAACAAAACAAAACGCAAAGGGGGCUUGAUACUUCAUGAAACGGCGGGGGGAUCAGUAAGGUUAUUAGUCCUUCAUGGAGACUAAUUGAGAAAUGUUUUGAACUGCCUUCAGCAAUUUUUUUUCCUCUGAGAACUAAGCAACUUUUUAAAGUGCUGUUGAAGUAGGCUAUAGUUGUGGGUCCAGAUGUCUGUUAAACGCCUUCUGUUCCAGACGGCAUGUUCUCUAGGGGCAUCUGAGGUUCUUCUUGGGAUGUCUCUGUCUUUUGCAAUAAGGUAAGCAGCAACUGGAGAGUCUUUUGGGAUGCUCUCCCUAGUAAGGCUCGUCUUGCAGCAUACUUGAUUGCAGCGCCAGGUGAAGAUCGUAUUUUUUCCCCUUUACAACUUCAUCUCAUAUGCAGAGAUAGGGUAAAAUGUUUUAUUGUGCUUCCACACUUUUAUGUAUUAUGUUUUACUGUUCUUUAAUAAUUAUGGUUGUGUUUAUCAUGUACUUUGUUCUUAAUUGUGGUAAAACUGUGGGAUACAAACGUAGAAGAUAAUAUGCACAGAAGUAUUGUAUGUUCUAGCAAAAUGCUCAGAGGCCUCUUAACGUAUCUCUAUUUGCUAGGGUCAUUUCAUACAUUGAAGAUGUUUGUAUUAUGCCUCAGCAGGCAGCUGUAUAGGAAACUGCCUUAGGAACAGCUACUGCCUGUUUGUACUAGCGUUGUUGGAGAAAUCGACAAUUCAAAUGUGUUCAGAUUUCUAUGAACCUGAUUUUGAUUCUGAGUCAUGGCAAUUCCAUAGAUGUGCGAACCAGUUUAUUACCUGGGAGACAUGAGAUCUGCAUAAAUUUGCACUUGUGCUAAUGUGCGUUAGUACAAGGACAUAUCAGUGUCAGUGCAAAAUGCACACUUGGAACUAAUGCAAACUAAUGACAAUGUGUGAAAGGACAAGCUUGUAUUUGCUAAUACAAUAGACCGAGGACGUAAUUUUUGAAUUGGCAGUCUUUACAUGUAACUUAUGAGUAGACAAAUAUAUGGGCAUUGGUCUGCCUAUGCACAAUUAUGCCUAAGAACGGCAGCCAUAUAUAAAAUACUGGGGGAGGGGGACUUUGCAUGUUUGCGUUGUAAUAGAUAUAACCAUUUUCUUACAUAAGGUUUCUAAGUUUUAAUUUUUUUGUUUUGAUUUAUUGAAAUGAAAAAAUGAAAGCUUAUGUGCAGUUAUGCUAAUACAUGGUGACGCUAACAUGCAUUCACACAAGUAGAAUGCAAGACUCUUGACAACCUGCAAAACACUGGUAGGUUUCUCACAGGCUCCGUGUGUGCCUCAUUUCUACCGACAGGCUGUUAGAUCAUAAGAUGAGUAAGUUUUUGAUACCAUCAGUCAUUGUACCCUUCUGGACAGGCUGUCUGACUCAGAAUGUGGGGGAACUGUGCCGCAGUGAUUUUGCCCCAGUUUGGAUGUCUCAUUCCAGAAGGCGAUGCCAGUGGCCGUUUUGCCCCACAGCAAGCAUGCUAUGGGCCUCCUUGGCACCCUAGUUUAACCUGUGCUUUUAAAUACCCGCAUGAAACUAUUGGGAAAUUUUAUCUGACGAUGAGUGUUGAGAUGUUACCAGUAGGAGGAGGAUGCCCAGCACUCUCAUCCAAUGACGGUGAGGCACGUUGAUGUGCUGAGCCAGUGCCUGGGCAGAGUAUGGCUGAGGGCAGUGAAUUAAGUCGAUGAAUUAAGUCUUGUUCCAGAUAAGGCUGAGAUACCUAUUGUAGGUGAUUCAUAUGGCCAGGUAAGUGGCAUUCAGCCUUGCACUCCUCUUUAAGGGACAAGCUAAUUGUUUGGGUGUGUUUUUCAAUUCCCCACUGUCUCUAGAGGUUGACCUCAGUGGCUCAAAUCACCUUUUACUACCUUCAGUUGAUAUACCAGCCACAACCCUAACUGGACAGAGAGAGCCUUGCGAUUGCUAUUCACACACUGGUAGCCUCUUGUUCGGACUAUGCAAGAGAUUUCUAUGUGGGGCUGCCUUGGUCUGCAACUUCAGUUCAUUCAAAGUAGGGCAGUUAAAUUGCUAACAGGGACCAGCAACCACAUAAUGCCAAAACUUUGUCACCUGUAUUAGCUGCCAGUCCAUUUCCAGACCCAAUUCAAAGUGCUGGUCUAAACACGUAAAGCUGGGGUCUGCACCUCCCUUGGUGCCCACUAGUAUCCCCUCCUCUCCUGAUUGUGUGUGUGUGUGUGGGGGGGGGGAG